AUGCUCAGAAUUACUAGAUGGGGAUAUCGGAGCGGGUUCAAGGAUUGGGAGGUUAUUUCUUGGUCUAUCCUUGGAGUCGAUGAUGAUACUCCAUCUCCCCAUGAGAAAGACAAUUCUUAUACACGCAAAGUAAACCUCUUCUGGCAAGAAUGUCUCGAGCACGCUAACAUUGAUGCUCUCCAUGAAUCAUCUGAGACUGCAUUGACGCUUUUCGAUUAUAUAGACCGAAUUUAUCAUCUAAGUCAGCCCAAAUUUCAAGUCCAGGGUGUUAGUGGAGCUCAUCAGCCUAACAGCUUACGACAUGUUAGUAGGACCACCCUCAGAUGUGCGAUGCUCUUCGUGUCAAUGAAACUGGUGGAAGAUCCGACUUACUUUUAUGAUGAGAAGUUCUCAAUGCGACUAACCCUUGACCAAUCUCCAUGGACAGAUUGCCAUCUCAAUAUAGUCACAGAAUUCUUAGAAAUGAGAGCAAGUCUUCAUGACAAGGAAUUUGUGGCAGUUGCAUGGCAGCGAUUACUGAAGAGGAUGUCAACCGUCUUCUUCGACGAAAAUAAUGAUGACUUCAUGAAAGCAAUUGAAUACUCACUAUUCCCCCGAUUCCUUAAAUAUGGAGCAUCUAAGACAAUGCACAUGGAAUAUACGCCAGUAGAACCUGACGUUCAUGCUUACAUUCAAAGAGAGGAGUGCAACAUAUAUCUAUACCCUUGUACAAUCUUUUUACUGGCCCUGUUCUACAACUACAAUACACUCAACCAGACAUCGCUUAAAAUGUUUGUCAACGUAGUCGAGUUCCUCUGCACAAGUUCAGAAGAAAUUAGAUUGCAACUUGAGAAUUUGUAUCGCCCUGUUUUAUUAUACCACCAGCUUCGUCAUUAUUAUCGUCGACAGGCGGAAAGUAGCGACACGACAAUAGGUUCAGUGCGGGUUAGGUUCCUUGCUCGUAUUGCGCAAAUAUUAAUAACGAAAGCAAUUGAGAUCAAACUGGAAAUGGUAGAAUUGGAAAAGCUAGUCCCUGCCAUUUUAGCUUUCUUUCCAAGUGCUGUUGGAGAGAAUUUGGCAAAUCAAAUUCGGACUAUGAAUAAGGACGGCGAAUUAUCAACUUCCCCUGAUCAGCGAGACGGGAGAGUGGAAGUGUGCCAUUGCAAAAGGAUAAAGAGGGAUGAGUUGAUGGAUGAAGAAACUUGA